AUGUCAGAAGCGCUGACAAUCCUCGCCUUCCAGGCGCUCAAAUUGUCAAGUGUCCAGUGUCCACCGUCCUUGCUCGUCCCAAAUCCAAGGGAUCCUACGGCGGCGGAACAGCCUGGGAGAUUGCCCGUUCCAACACCUGGAUUCCGAGGGGUUUUGAUUGGAUCUGGUGCUAGCUUUUCGACUGCGCGUUGUGCUGUGACUCCAUCUGGACAACGGCAAGGAUGCUGGAUACGGCCGUUCGUCUUUGCCUUUGCACUAAACCCCUCAAUGACUCGUUGGAAAAGGGGGCAAGCCCACCACAUCAACUCCAGCGGCCGGCGUAUUUGUUUUGAGACAUUUGUUGUUGAAUACGAAACGCUAUCAUUUUUUGGCCGUCGCUUCUCGUUUUUCCAUUUUGACCCAUUCCUAUUGUCCAAACCAUCACCGUCUAGUUAA